AUGCCGGCGGCAGCGACGGAUAGUCAACCUCGUCCGCUCGAGCUCACCAUCAGCAAGCUAUCGAUAGACAUCGCCAGCGGCGAGCUGACGCUGGGAGAGGCAGCUGGCGACUUCAACAGCGCCAUUGAAGCGAGACAUCUUCUCUUCUCACUGCGGCAGAAUGGCGACAAAAUGUCUUUCACCACCGCCGCCCUCAAGGAAGCAGUGGCACCUGAUGACAGUGAGCCCUUCAAACUCGUCCUCAUCCACAGCGACGCCAUCUCGGACGAGCUAUCCGACGCAUAUCUGAUCGACAAAUUCCCGCCAUACCUUGUCCACGACGCGUGGAACCAAGUCGACGUUGUCAUGUCCACAAAGUCAGGGACACACCUCGCUCUGCCUUUCUGGUCGACCGUCCUCCAACCUCUCCUGUCCACCCUGGCAAGGACGUUCCCCGAGGCAAAGGUCGACCAGGCCAACAUUCUCGUCACAGAAUCUGCCGAGAGCGUGUCCGACUUUGCACGCCAACUCUGGUCAUCGCCGGCCGCUCCAACCCGGACGGUCAUCCUCCUCAGCGGCGAUGGCGGCAUGGUGGACAUUCUGAACGGGCGACAAGAGGGCAGCCAGCAGAGACCAACCAUUGCGCUCUUACCCAUGGGCACGGGGAAUGCGCUCUUCCACUCAAACCAUAAACCUCUAUGCACACCCUCUGGCCCCUCACCUCUCGUCCUGGGCGUCCGUACCCUGUUCGUCGAGGGCGUUGCCGCCGCCCUGCCCAUCUUCCGCGCCUCCUUCACGCCUGGCGCGCACAUUGUCCACGGCGACGAGCGGCAGAGGCAGGUCAGCCACCUCGACGGCGCCAUCGUCGCGAGCUACGGCUUCCACGCCAGCGUUGUGUACGAGAGCGACACGCCCGCGCACCGCGUCCACGGCGACAAGCGAUUCGGCAUGGUGGCGCAGGAACUACUGCGCGAGGCGCAUGCGUACUCGGCCCACGUCGCGAUCCAGCGCAUGGGGACGGGGACGUCGUCAAAUCGCGAGGUGCUCGACAGGGAGAAGCACGGCUAUCUCCUCACAACGUUGCUGUCGAAUCUGGAGAAGACGUUUACCAUCUCGCCUGCCAGCAAACCUCUGGAUGGGCAGCUUCGGACCGUGCACUUUGGUGAUAUCGGUGGCGAGAGAGCUCUAGAUGCCAUGAUGAAAGCCUACGACGGCGGAAAGCAUGUAGAUGUCAAGUGGGACGAUGGCGAGAGGAUCUACUACCAGGACAUAGACGAGAUCAGGAUCACGGUCAAGGAAACGGAUCAGCGGUGGCGCAAGGUCUGCAUCGACGGGACGAUUGUCGACGUACCGACAGGAGGCACAAUGACGGUCAAGAAGCUGCACGAGAGCCCGUUGCGCAUCUUAGUAAAUAAAGGGGUGAGAUAG